AUGAGUUCCCAAUUUGCAAAUCGCCGAAAGCCCCGCAAAAUUGGUGGCGAUGAUGAGGAAAAUGACGCCGACGAGCAAGACUCUGGACCUGUUGUCAAACGUCCUCCGACUUCGAAAACGAAGCAAAAGUCGAAGAUGCGCCUUUCGUUCGGCCCCGGCAGUACCUCGAUGGCCGACGAUGACGACCAGGAAAGCGAAGUUGUCAUUCCCAAACGACCUGGGCUCGCGAAACGGGCUAUAGAGAAGAGCGCAUUGCAGCGAUCUUUGACACCGUCAGGCGCAGGUGGUCAGAUCCCCCUCCGGGUAGGGCCUGAGCAGGAUAGGCCGAGUUACAACGACGAAUAUCUAAAAGAGCUCCGAAACUCGACACCCUCUACGCCGAAGCCCGCCGCUGAGGACGAAUUGGAGAAGACAAUUGAUGUGGCUGCCAAGUUUGGUGAGGUCAUGAAGGUUUCAACCCCUGCUGCUAUUCCCAGCGAAGCAGAGAUUAGAGAAAAGAAAGCUCGAAGAGCCCGAUUAGCGAAGGAAGAAGCGGCGCUUUCCACCGAGAAAGACUUCAUUUCUCUCGAGGAUGAUAUGGAAGAGGACGACUGGGAUCUUCAGGCGCGGCGGGAGGAUACGAGGCUCGUCCGUGACGAUGAAGAUUUCGCAGAAGGAUUUGACGAGUUUGUUGAGGACGGACGUAUAUCCCUUGGGAGGAAAGCAGAGAAAGAGCAAAAGCGAAAACAGCGGGAAGAAAUGCGUGAGCUUAUUAAUGAUGCUGAAGGUCUGUCGGAUGAGGAUGAUUCGGACUUGGAGGAAAAAGCAGCGUACGACGCCAGUCAGGCACGAGCUGCUAUGGGUGCGAGCAGAGACCCUAUCGACCGUCCGCGCACUCCGCCCAAGAUGACCUCGUUACCCCGUCUGUCGAACUCACUUGAGCGUUUGCGUAUGAACUUGGCGGUCCUAGAGAAGUCAAAGGCUCAGAUGAUCGACCGUAUGGAGGAACUGAGGAAAGAGAAGGCGGACAUAGCUGUUCGGGAAGUGGAAAUCCAGGCUCUGAUCAAAGAAGCCGGAGAUAAUUACGAGAAGCUUAAGCAGGAGGCUGGAAUCACUCCUGGCUCGGAUGGGAACCUCUCUACAGCCGAUGAAAUGGCGAAUUCGCGAGGCUUGGAGGGUCUUGGAAAUUCGUCUGCGGUGGCUGCCUCUCUGAAGUCCCUGUCCAAGAGUAUCACCAUCGCUCUUUCCGAGACAACACCAGUUGCUCUUCGUGUCGAAACCGAUCGACUGCGCCAAUGUCUUGACGACCACCGACCAGGACUUCCUGGUUUGACCACCCGUCGAGUAGAGAUAGGCGUGCCAGAGCAGCCACGCAGUAAGCAGCGUAGUGUCAUUGCGUUCAUUGAGUCGCCAAUUGACGAGAAGGAUGGAGAUCUUCCGCAUCUCCGUCAACAAUCCGAGGCAACACCCAUCGAGCUGUUCUUUGACUUGUUCUUCGUCGCAAAUCUCUCCACCUUCACAGCUACACAUGAAAUUAACAACGUAGAAGCUCUGUGGGCCUACAUUGGCUUCCUCGGGAUUAUCUGGUUUACCUGGCUUCAAGUCACACUGUUUGAUAUCCGUUUCGCGCGAGACUCGAUCUUCGAGAGAAUUUGCAAGGCCCUUCAAUUGGCUGCUAUGGUUGGAUUUGCAUCGGCAGGUUCAAGGUUCACUACACGUGUUCAGCCAGAAAAUGUCUGGGCCUUCCAGUCCCUGAGCCUCAUCCUCGGUGGCAGUCGGCUCUUACUCGCCUUGCAAUACACUGUGAACGCCGUGUUUCUUCGACGGCGUAUGAUACCUGCAGCUCGGGGCGUAUCCAUCAUUGCCGGGAUGCAAUUUGUCUCAAGUUUGACCUACCUCCUGAUGUAUUAUGCCUUCCGUCCCCGUGAAGGAGUCAACCCCUAUAUUUGGACCGUCUGGUUUGUUAUCUUUGGGGUCGAGAUGUGGGUAGUAAUGGGAACUUCAAGCGCCACACCUGGGAUUGGACUUCAAGAUACCCAUCUCAACACAAGAAUGGGCCUCCUUACUCUGAUCAUAAUCGGUGAAGGUGUCAUAUCUGUUACUAGGCUCGUCAACCGGACAGUAGGCCCUGGUGUCUGGACGAAGUGGUCGUUUGUCCAUAUCCUAGGCGUCACAACUAGUGUGUACUUCUUGUGGCAAGCGUACUUCGACCUUUCUCCAAGACGUAUUCUGGGCAAGUACUCUCAGCAAAUAUGGGCGCAGCUACAUUUCCCAUUCCAUGUGGUCCUCAUUCUACUCCUUGAAGGGUCUCAAAUCCUUGCCUUAAGUCUGGAUAUCACAUUGAAACUCCGGUACCUAGCGGAAACCAUUAUGUGGGCUUGUGAAGACCCACGGCCCAGACCCGCCUACGCCAUCCGAAUUCUUCGAGCCACCAUUGCUGAUAUGGAAAUCGACUAUAGCCGAGGGGCCGUAAACGAACAGGUUACAAUCUCCCGGAUCUUGGAUGAUCUCCCCAAUCACCCGCUUUGUCCCUCCCGUCGGACGGGCCAAGUCCCCAUCGCCCGAGACAUGCUCAGUGACCUGGUAGGGAAUGUAACUGCGGCGCUGUUCUCCACCAUGCGGAUCAUGCCUCCGAACCACCCUGAUCCUGGCCGCAUGAGUAGUGAGCAGCUGCUGAGAGGGUAUAUGGCCCUCCUAGAAUUCGUCUAUGUGUACUAUUUUGCCGUGGCGUCACUCUCCAUGAUGUUCUUUGGUGCUUUUGUAUUAUUAGCGCGUCGCCACACGCUCCGCAGAUGUAUGGGCAUCAGCGCAGCGGCCCGCGUGUCCCUUGGUAUGCUCCUGGGAAGCCUAAUGAGUUUCUCUCGUCACUUUCCGCUCGUCUAUUCUUUCAUGACAUCCCCCGCCAUAUUGUAUGCGUUUACUCUUACAUUGUUCAUGGUGCUGCUGAUGGACCGGCUUUUGGACCGGUACCAGAGCUACGGCGGACGGACGCAGGAAAGCGAAGUACCCUGA